AUGGUGGGUGGAGCCUCAGUCAGACUGAAAGCUUUUUAUGAAAAGUAUUUGUAUCCGUAUGAGUUAUUUAUAAAGGGUGGAGAUUACACUUCCUAUAUCAGUAGUAGUACCACAAAGAAACCAGGCCCUAAAAAGAAAACUGCUGUUUUUACACCAGAAGACAAAUCUACCAAUAAUCAUGUAGUGGACAAGUUGGAUCCAGUGGAAGAUGUUGAAAAAGGAACAGAAGAUUUUGAUUAUGUUACUGCAGCUAAGAAUAAGUUAGGAAUAGAUAUCACAUUUUUUGACGAAACUCCACCCAGUAAAGAUGAAGUUAAAACACCUUCAGAGUUUGAAGAGGCAGUUUUACCUGUGGAAUCAGCCCACAAGGUACCCAAUAUGGAGAUGUACAGUAAUCCUAUGAGUGAUCUAGACAGCCAAGAGGAACUGAUACAUGAGAUGCAGGCGCUGCAGGAUGGCAUGGAAUUAAUAGAUCAAGUACUAGAGCAACUGUAG